AUGCAUCGUCCUCCACCCUAUGGGAUGUCGAACAAUGGAAGGUAUCCGCCUUAUCAUUAUGGCGGAGAAUAUUACCCAAGUGAAAGGCGAAGAGGAGGUAACGUUUGUGUUAGGUGCAUCUGUUGCUUCUGUUGCUUCUUGUUUUUCAUCAUCCUUGUCUUCGCGGUUCUAAUCUUGUACAUGUUCUUGUACUAUGAUCCAAAAUGUCCAACUUACAAAUUUGAAUACAUGGAUGUUAAGGAAUUCAAGUAUAAUCCUGAUUCCAGCAUCAACGCGGAUGUUAUCCUAACAUUGAGAGCCAACAAUCCCAACAAAGGCGUAGGUUUACUUUACGAGGAACCUAGCUUCAUCAACGUGACAUAUAGUGAUUCACUGAUAUGUUCGGGUAAAUUUCCAUCAUUCCAUCAUGGUCACAGGAAUGUAACUAUGUUGCAAAUUGCAUUAAAGGGGAAAAAUCAAUUGAGAUCAGGGCUUAAUGAAUCAUUAAAAGAUGAUGAGAGACAUGACAAAAUUCGAUUAAAGUUAAUGGCUAUGGUACCUUUUAGACUUGUUUUUGGAAAUAUAAAAAGUAGGUCAUUAAAUAUGAAUGCAAAUGUCACAUUGAUUGUUCGUGAUUUGAAGCCAGGCAAGAAAUCUGUUACUGAAGAAGGCAAAAUCGCGUAUCGAUUAUCCUAUUGA